AUGCGGUUAUUAUGGCUGCUGUUCUCCUUAGUAAUUGGCUCCCUCGUGAAUCUUUCAGGUACUUUCUGUCUCAUUUUAGCAGUUUGGAUUUUUUUGCGUUCAGAAUGUUCUUUUGCCGCGAUGUCGAUCGACCUCGGGACACAGUUCAUUAAAGUUGGAAUCGUCAAGCCCGGAUCUCCAAUGGACAUUUCUUUGAAUCCAGAAUCACGGCGGAAAACACCAAACAUGGUGUUAAUACAUGACGGUCACAGGUGCUUUUUCGAAGUUUUUAUUCGUCAAUUCAAAUCGCCGGGUUCAGGUCAUUCGGAGACGCGGCGCUGGCCAUGCAAGUUCGGUAUCCCCAGGAAGCUUUUGCCUAUCUUCUGGAUCUCGUCGGAAAAAGCGUCGAUCAUCCCUCUUUCGAGCUGUUUUUGAAGCGUUUCCCACAAUAUGCCGUGUCCAAGUCUUCUCGCAAUGAAACGGGGAUUUCCUUCAAAUCUGGGUUGGUUUUCCUUGAAACCGGAAAGAAAUCAUUUUUGUUGACAGCGAGGAGUUUUUCUCGGUCGAGACCUUGUUGGCUAUGACUCUGGCAAACGCGAAGAAGUUCACUGAGGAACACGCUCAGAUCCCUAUGAUCAAGGUUUUUUUGUAUUUAACUGCAUGAAAAUUUCGGAAAUCGAUUAAAAAUUAUCACAACAGAGAUGAGAUCGUUAUCGUCUUACGGAGUGUUGAAUUUCUCUAGUCUGUUAAUUAAAAAUUAGUUUCAGGCUUUCAUAGGCAAAUGAUUUUUUUAGUUUUUAAAAAGAGAUUCUUUUUUUCAAGCAGUGAAGUUUUUAAAAAUUUUUGAGAUCCCUGAUGUCUUUGAAAGUCUGGAAAAAGUGUGUUUCUUUUCAAAGAAAGUUAUUCUACAGUAAUUUCUUUAGAAAAUAUUUUUCAGGAUGCUGUAAUCACGGUUCCGGCUUACUUCACACCCUCAGAACGCCUUGUCGUCGAAAAAGCUGCGGAAAUGGCGAACAUCAACGUUUUGCAAGUAUUAUCUUCGAAUUUCCUUUCAGUUUCCUGAAUAACCUCGUUUAGCUUAUCAAUGACGGCACGGCUGCCGCCUUGAGUCAUGGGAUUUUCCGCAGAAAAGAGGUUUCCCCAAAUUCAUUCACCUUACCUCUCCAUUUUCUAUCUUUAGAUUACCGAAAAGCCUCAAAGACUCAUGGUGUACGACAUGGGCGCCGCGAAAACUACUGUCACUAUCGUAGAGUUCAAGCUUUUCAAGGAAAAGUACGAGAAAACGCCUAAAGUUUGCCGUUUCUUAAAUGAAUUUUCUAUAUGAAUAUUAUUUUAAGUUGACAGUGCUCGGAGUUGGGUUCGACAGAACUCUCGGUGGACUGGAAAUCACGAUUCGACUCCGAGAUCACUUGGUGGAGCUCUUCAACAAGAACUACAAGACGAAAACCGAUGUUCGCCAGAAUAAACGGUCGAUGGCCAAAUUUUUCAAAGAGGCAGAGAGACUGAAGCAGGUUUGGUCAAAAAUGGAUGUAUCAAUACGAAAAUUCAGCUUUAAAAAUCUUGGAGUGUUGAUUUUUAAUUAUACGAGUUUCAAGUAUUUUUUUUACGUCGGCUGGAUCCAUAACGGCCUUUUGCCCGGGAAGCCAAAACUCAAAAAAUGGCCGAUUUUGUAAAGAAAUAAUCUGUAAUUAAGCUGCAGGGAAGUGUUUCUAUUGUUAUUAACCUAAGUCGGAAGGCUGCAAAAAGGCUCCAUUGAAAUGUUCCUUGGGUAAUAAAGGCUCCGUUUUUGCUGCCUUUUUGUGCCAUUUAAUCGGCUGUUAUGCACCAUUUUUGCUACCUCCCCCUUUUCCCAUCAUUUCUUGAGCCUUUAAAUCUCAGAAAUAAUGGAAGACUCGAUAAAGGUACCCUUUUUGCUGCUUUUCUGCGACCUUUUUUGAGCCUCUCACUCUUUGCGGCCAUUAUCCACCAUUCUGAGUUUGUUAGAAUCAUUUUUUUUCACCACUGAAAAUAAUUUUCUUGUGCUUCAAUUUCAUAAAUCUGUUGAAUACCACCCCUUUUACAUCUUUUUUUAAGGUCCUCUCGGCGAACGUGGAACAUUUCGCUCAGAUUGAAAGCGCCCACGACGACAUCGACGUGCGAUUGAAAGUGACCCGUGAAGAUCUGAACGCCCUGAUUUCCGAUUUGGAACCGCGCGUCAGCGAACCCAUCGAACAGGCGCUCCGUAUCGCUCAGAUGCCCAUCGAAGAGGUUUCUCUUGGCUCUUCUCCUGAAGUUCCUAACUGGAAACUUUCCAGAUCGACCAGAUUGUGUUGAUGGGCGCUGGAACACGGGUUCCGAAAAUCCAGGAAAUUGUGCAGCGUACCAUUGCUGGGUAUCAUUUCGAGAUACCUUUUCAACUCGAACAUUUGUUUUUAAGAAAGGAAUUGGGCAAGUUCCUCAACACCGACGAAGCGAUCGCCAUGGGCGCACUUUUCCAGGCGGCUCACCUCAGCAAGGGUUUCAAGGUAAGGAAAUCAUGAUGAUUUAUAAAACUCUGAUUUUUCAAAGAUUUGUAUAAAUCGGACUUUGUUUUUCAUUGGUGGGACGCUAAAAUUCAUCUUGAAGACUAGGAAAAAAAUAAUUUAGCUCUUUUCUUUAUAAAUUCAGUCUCUCAUAUUCAAGUAUGAUGGUUUUUUUCGUCCUUUUUGGUAGAUAAUAUUCAAAUUCCUUAUUCAAUGAUACAUAAACGGAAUCUUUAAUGAUUUUAUGAAAGGAAAGUUUUCGCUUGCAAUUUUCAUUUUUCUAGGUGAAACCGUUCAACGUCGACGAGCUGGUUCUUUUCCCUGUCGAGGUUUUUCUGUUUUACCACAAUUAUGUUAUGAUAAACCGUUUUAAGAUUGAUUUCGUGAGCAAAGUGGCGCAACCGGACGGAAGUUCAGUUGAAAAACCGGUCACCAAGUCACUUUUCCCGGCCAAAAGUUUUUAUCCCACCAAGAGGAAGGUUGGGCUCGUUAUCUUUUUAACCAUUUUUUUUUCCGUUUCCAGACGAUUUCUUUCACGUCGUACACUGAAGACUUCACCUUCACACUUUCUUAUGGAAACAAUGAGCUUUUGACCAAGAAACAACUGGGGUAUUAUUCUAAUAAUUUUCUUAGAAAAGGUUAUUCUUGUCUUUGAAGCGAAAUCGGACAGUUGUUGAACAAAUUCACAACCAUUGAUGUCUCCGGCCUUUCCGACGAGUUGGCCAAGUACACUGAUCUGAAGGACGAGUUCAAAGGCGUCAAGGUAACUUUUAAAGCUGUUAUUUAUUUCAGAAACUUAUUGUAGGUUGUCUUUGAGCUUGACAGUUCUGGAAUCGUUCGUGUUGUGAGAGCUGACGCCACAGUCGAAGCCAGCCAAGGAAUUGUCAAAUGUUCGUUUUUUCCUUCGAGUUCAAGGCGGAGAAUAUUUUUGACACAUUGAUUGGUCUCUGUAGGGUUGAUAGAAUUAGGAAAUACUCUGACAUUGAAUUUUUAUACAUAAAUCUCAUUUAGAAGUCACACUGGGAGCUCAAACUGCUUCCUGAUCAUUAUUAUGAAGCUGUUUAAAGAAAACUGUUUAUUGCAUCUUUAAUGUAAGAAUACAUGUGCAAUCGACUUUCAUUAAUUUAAAUAUGUUUUUAAACGGCGGCUGGAGCUGUAGCUUAGGCAGAGAAAUUGAGAACUUCGCUCGUAGAACAUCAGGUAUAAGAGAGGUCGUAGGAAGAAGUACGGUGCCGUCAAAGGCUCGAACCUACUACCUCGCGAAUGUUAGAAAUGAGUCUUAACCAGCUGAGCUAUGUCGUCCCACCCUUUUUUUGAAGUAUUAAGUUGUAAUUUUUGUAACUUUCUUAUGUAACUUGGCGCAAACAAUACCUUAAAUGUAUCUUCAUCCUUCAAGGUUCCGUCGAAAAAAACAUUGAUUCAAUUUCAGCCAUCACCAACACAAUCAGCAAUUUGUUCUCGUCCAAAACAGAAGACGGAGAAGCGACCACAGAAACGGACUCUGCUUCAGCGGAACGCGCUGAGAAAGAAGAAUCCAAACCGAAAGAAGAGAAAACUACAGAGCAGAAAAAGAACGAAACGUCCGAUGAUCAGGCUUCUUCGAAUGUAACUAUUCCUGGAGUCCAACAUCUCAAAAUGAUCAUCUUCAGAUCACAGAACCCGCUGGAAACGCAACCCUGGCCGCCAACGUCACGACUCCGUUGCCCUCAAAUAUUUCCCUCAAGUUGUCACUCAACUUCCCUGCGUCCUACGUUCCAAACAACUACGAUGUUCUUGACGGAAAGAGAAGGUUGAGAUUCAGAAACCAUGGGUUCUCAGCGUCUCAUUUCAGACUCGCCAAAUUCGCUGAAUCGGAGAAGUUUGCGGCUGAACGAGCUGCGGCUGAAAAUGAACUCGAAUCGUUCACUUUCGAGUCGAGCCUUCUAUUUGAUGACUCGCAGUUUGUGGAGUCGUCGAAAAGUGAAGAAAGAGAGGCGAUUGAACAGCAGGUUGCGCAUUUGGAAUGGAUUUUUUGUGGAUGGGAAAUGUUUAUAAGAUAUCAAUAUCAUUCAAACGGAUGGAAAAACUUUUUUUUACCCCCCGGAAAACUUCGCUGAAGUGCACUUAAGGGCCUUCUGAUUCUAGAACAAGAAAAAAUCUCUCGAAGCUUCUAAGUUUGCAAAGUUCUUAAGCUCAUUAUUUGAAGUUUUCAAGUUCAAUACCUUCUUUUUUGAUUUUUUAGAGACUUAGGAAAAUAACUGUCUCAUAGGGACUUCUUGACAGUUUUCGCGUGUCUACGUCUCUCUGUUUCCUCACCUGCGAGGUCAGAGAAACAUGGAAAAAGCACGUAAUAAUGAGAGAGGCGUUUAGAUUUAAAGAGGGCGCAGAGAAGUGCUGCCCUUUCAAGUGGCGAAAAAACGGACUAUAGAAGAGAAUAUUCAGAAGAAAAAAACAGCAGAGAAGCUCUUUUAUCAAAAAUAAAAAAAUAAAUCUUGUCCUGAAAUGGAUCUCACAAAAUUGCAAUCUUAUUAAUGACGUGCAGGUUGCAAAAAUCCGGACCUGGAUGGAAGACGAGGUUUCUGUGGAAACUGAAACCGAAGAUUUCCUUGAACGGCUGAACUCGCUGAAGAAGUUGGUGAAGCCGAUUCGCGAAAGAAUCGAGGAAUCUAAGGUUUUUGCUAACUUUUUCAAACCUUAUCAAAGUCUCGUAGACUUUCCCUGAAGCGUUGAAUAAUUUGAACACGUUGAUCAACACCACGAUGACCUUGGUCUCCAUGGGUGAGGGCGUCGAUGAUUCGAAGGCUCUUUUUGAGAAGGUUUUUUGAAAUAAGUUCAAAUUUUUACAUCUCUUUUUUUUCUAGAAAGACAGAGAUGCUUUCCGGAAAAAGUUGGAUAAGCUGAGUGAGUGGCUGACCGAAAUCAAUGAGAAAAUGAGCAGUCGAUAUCCGAACGACGACUUCCCGUCGACUACAAAAUACGCUAAAUCCAAGGUUGAGAGUGUAAAAAAUGAGGAAAAAAAAGGUUCUGUUUCAGCUGACUGCUCUUAACAAGGAGGUGGACAAGUUCAUGAAGAAAAUGAAGAAAAUUGACCUCAACUCGCUCGGAAAGGACUUCAAAAUGGAGAAAGAUGAGAAGAAGCCGGAGAAGACAGAGGAAACCACCAAAGAAGACGAGGUUCGAUUCUUCUUUAUUUAUUGAUUUUUCUAUUUUCUCUACAGGGAGAAACGAGUCAGAAGAAGGGAGAAGAUGCUGAGAAAGUGGCCUCUGAGGUUUUUCCGCACCUUUUUUAUGCCAAGAGAAUUUCCAUUUCAGGACAAGGGAACCCAGACCGACGAGAAGGUCGAACUCUGA